UUUGAGUGGCCAGAGAAAGAGAUAUAGCUUUGAGAAAACACACCACACCAUUAUUCAAGAGAUCUAUCUCCAUUAUUCAAUCUUUCCUUCUUCUUCUUCAUCUUCUUUAGUAUACUAGAGAGCAAAAUGGAAUCUGAGGGAGGAGUGUUGUUACCAUUGUUUCACGAGCAUCCUAUGACGCCUUGGAAUGAUCAUCAUAUGAGGAAAGGCGAUUGCUGUGAUUGCUUUGAACCUCAGAGUGAUGGCUACUAUUGUAAACUCUGUGAUUUCUUCGUGCACAAGAAGUGUGGCGACGAGCUGUCUGAAUUCAUCAGCGACCACCCAUCUCACCCCGAUCACACUCUCCGGCUUCAAGAAAAACGAGAAGAUCACGUAUGCUAUAUAUGUGAUAGUAAAAUCCAAAAUCUAUCCUAUCGUUGCGAGAUGUGUGACUUCCACAUGGAUCUACACUGUGCCAAGUACCCACCACCAGAUAUUAUUGAAAAUUUUGAGAUGCAUCCCCACAAGCUCACAUUUGUCAAGGAACUGAGCGCCUUCCACUCCUUUCAUGUGGAAUGUGUAUGGCACCCAGCAGCACUAGAGCACUCAACAGAGGUAAACCACCCUUAUCACUCCUUGCAUCCUCUUAAGCUAUUCAAGGGUCCACCACCUGACUAUUCUGAUGGUAAAUGUCGUCUUUGCGGAAGAAAGGUUGAUAAAGAAUUGUUUUAUCAUUGUUCUUCUUGUAACUUCACCUUGGAUUGGCGUUGUGUUGUGAAUCCGCCACCACAAUCUCUUUUGAACUUGAAAGCUCAUGAUCACCAACUCAAGCUUCUUCCAAGACUGCUUUCAUUCACAUGUAAUGCUUGUGGGCUCAAGGGAGAUCGAAGCCCUUACAUGUGUGUUCAAUGUGAUUUCAUGAUCCAUCAAGGCUGUCUUGGUCUUCCUCGUGUCAUUAACAUCAAUCGACAUGAUCACCGUGUUUCUCGUACUUUGCUUCUUGGUGAUGGUGCUAUGAAUUCUGUAUGCGAAGUUUGUCACAAGAAGGUGGACUGGACUUGUGGAGGAUUUUCUUGUCAGACGUGCCCUAACUAUGUUGUUCAUUCUAAAUGUGCUACCAGAUAUGAUGUUUGGAACAUGAAAGAGCUUGAAGGAGUACCUGAAGAAGAAGAAGAUAUAGAACCAUAUGUGGUGAUAGACGACAACACAAUACAACAUUUCAGCCACAAAGAGCAUUACCUCAGAUUCAAUGAGAAUGGUGUUUUGUAUGAGGAUACCAAACGAUGCAGCGCAUGCACCCAUCCCAUUGGUCUCCAAUCCUUUUAUGGAUGUAUGGAUUGUGAUUUUUCUCUCCAUCAGUGCUGUGCUAAAUGUCCUAAAAAGAAAAGGCAUGUGUUACACAAUGAACGGCUCACUUUAUUUACAAACAAGGAGCUAGAUACCUUCGGAUGUUAUGCUUGCAGUCGAAUGUGCAAUGGAUUCAUAUACAAGGAUCGGUAUACGAAGUUGGAUGUCUUGUGCGGUUCAGUUUCUGAGCCAUUUGAACGUCAUCACCACCAUCCCUUAUAUUACACUUUCGUAUUAUCUGACAAUUCCAUUGAAGAGACGGGAAUAUGCAAUGGUUGCAACAAUAAGGAAUAUCGUCUACUCAAGUGCAUUGAAGAUGAUUGUGGAUUUGUAAUAUGCUUCAAAUGUGCCACUCUACCACAAGUGGUAAAGCACAGAGUAGAUGAUCAUCCUCUCUCACUAUGCUAUGUGGAAGAAGAAGAGGCAAGUGGUAAAUACUGGUGCGACAUCUGUGAGAGAGAAACCGAUCCAAAGAAAUGGUUCUACACGUGUAAAGAUCACUUGGCUAGUUUGCAUACAAAAUGUGUGCUCGGAGACACUGCAGGACUCAUGCCAAGAAGCGUACCAAAGUUGUUGGGCAUACCGCAUGAGGUGGUGCUGAAUAAUAGUGUAACUCGCCCAUUUUGCAUUCGGUGCAAGUCUCGUUGCAUGUACCCUAUCUACCUCAAGGUGCUUGGGUCCCCAGAUAUAUGCUUUUGCUCUGUUGAGUGCUCUCUUGUUUACGUUUGAUAUGGGAAGAGGUAGAGCGAAAUGAACAAUCAUAAUAUUAAUAAAUAUUAAUAAGCCAUGGAGGCAAAGCAUAGGUUGAUGAUUAUAUUCUCUCACUAUGCUAUGGAGAAAAGGAAAAGAAAAAUUUACACUUAGACA